UCUAGAGUACUGUGGUGUGUGCCGUUUCCAAAGGACAGCCUGCUGAGGAUUUCCAUAUAUUUACAUUUUAAAGUGCUGAUUGCCAAUGUCACUCUUGUCGAUGACACCGCAGGCUGUGUUUUGGUCAUAAUGCCGUCCUCGUCACGGAAAGGAGCUGCGAAGGACCCGGAGGCAGCUGACCUAUUCUUUAAAGAGGAUCCAGUGGAGCUCUUUUCUGACUUGCAUGAAAUUGGCCAUGGAAGUUUCGGGGCAGUUUACUUUGCCAGAAAUUCUCGCACAAAUGAGGUGGUGGCGAUCAAGAAGAUGUCUUACAGUGGGAAGCAAACCACAGAGAAAUGGCAGGACAUCAUCAAAGAAGUGAAGUUUUUGGUUCAGCUGAAGCACCCGAACACCAUACAGUACAAAGGCUGCUACCUGAAAGAGCACACUGCCUGGUUGGUCAUGGAAUACUGCCUGGGAUCAGCUUCUGAUUUAAUAGAGGUUCACAAGAAGCCGCUUCAAGAAGUAGAAAUUGCUGCCGUUACCCAUGGUGCCUUGCAAGGUCUGGCUUACCUGCAUUCCCAUAACCUGAUUCACAGAGAUGUCAAAGCUGGAAAUAUUUUACUGACAGAGCCAGGCCAGGUGAAACUGGCAGACUUCGGCUCUGCUUCUAUAGCCUCUCCUGCCAACUCCUUCGUGGGAACGCCUUACUGGAUGGCUCCUGAAGUAAUCCUGGCUAUGGAUGAAGGAGAGUACGAUGGGAAAGUGGAUGUGUGGUCUCUGGGAAUCACUUGCAUCGAGCUGGCUGAGCGCAAGCCUCCACUUUUCAACAUGAAUGCAAUGAGUGCCUUGUAUCACAUAGCUCAGAACGACUCCCCUGCACUGCAGUCACAUGAGUGGUCCAAUCCUUUCCGAAGUUUUGUUGAGGACUGCCUACAGAAAAUUCCUCAGGACCGACCAUCUUCGGCUGAUCUGUUACAGCAUGCCUUUGUUAUCCGGGAACGGUCCCCGACGGUCCUGACCGACCUCAUACAGCGGACAAAAGAUGCCGUCCGAGAACUCGACAACCUUCAGUAUCGGAAAAUGAAAAAAAUCCUUUACCAGGAGAGGCACAACGGGCCGCUGACAGAGUCCCAGGAGGAAGAGGAGGACAGUGAACACGCAAGCAGCAAGAUGAACAGCCUGGGCAGCAACCACUCCAUCCCCAGCACGUCGGUGAGCACGGGGAGUCAGAGCAGCAGUGUGAACAGCAUGCAGGAGGUGGUGGACGAGAGCAGCUCUGACAUAGCCAUGAUGCACGACUACGACAGCACCUUGGAGUCUGAGCCCUCCGCCGUGCCCAGAAAGGAUCAUGUAUUCGUAAGGGAUGAAGCAAGCUACAGGGAUCCCAGGCCUGAGCUGCGGCCUACCUUGUCUGUCCAGAGCCAGGCCCACAACUACAAGAACCGAGAGCGCUUUGCCACAAUCAAAUCUGCGUCUUUGGUUACGAGGCAGAUCCAUGAGCAUGAGCAGGAGAACGAGCUGCGGGAACAGAUGUCAGGAUACAAGCGGAUGCGACGCCAGCACCAGAAGCAGCUGAUCGCUCUGGAGAACAAGCUGAAGGCCGAGAUGGACGAGCACCGCCUCAAGCUACAGAAGGAGGUGGAGACUCACGCCAACAACGCGUCCAUCGAACUCGAGAAACUGGCCAGGAGACACGCCCUGUACGCCGACAAAGAGAUAAAAACAGCGUCAGCAGAUGAGAAAAAGUUCCAGCAGCAGAUCGUGGCCCAGCAGAGGAAGGAGCUCACCAACUUCUUAGAUAACCAGAAGAAGCAGUACAAGAUGUGCAAGGAAAAGAUAAAAGAGGAGAUGAAUGAAGACCACAGCACACCCAAGAAGGAGAAGCAGGGGCGCCUGUCCAAACACAAGGAGAACAUGCAGCACUCGCAGGCAGAGGAUGAGGCCCAGCUGCUGAGUCAGCAGAGAGUGUACUACGACAAGAACUGCCGCUCCUUCAAACGAAAAAUCAUGAUCAAGAGGCACGACUUCGAGCAGGAGCAGAUACGAGAGAACCAGGAACUCAAUAAGAAGAAGACCCAGAAGGAGAUGGAGCACGCCAUGCUGAUCAGACACGACGAGUCCACCCAGGAGCUGGAGAACCGGCAGCUGAAGACGCUGCAGAAGCUGAGGAUGGACCUGAUCCGCCUGCAGCACCAGACUGAGCUGGAGAACCAGAUUGAGUACAACAACCGGAGAGAGAGGGAGCUGCACAGGAAGCACGUCAUGGAGCUGCGACAGCAACCCAAGAACCUGAAGGUCUUGGAGAUGCAGAUUAAAAAGCAGUUCCAGGACACGUGUAAAGUGCAGACAAAGCAGUACAAAGCGCUCCGGAAUCAUCAGCUGGAGGUCUCUCCGAAGAGCGAACACAAGACCAUACUGAAGGCACUGAAGGAAGAGCAGACGCGGAAGCUGGCCAUUCUGGCAGAGCAGUACGAACAAAGCAUCAAUGAGAUGAUGGCCUCGCAAGCACUGCGACUGGACGAGGCCCAGGAAGCAGAGUGCCAAGCAUUGAAACACCAGCUUCAGCAGGAAAUGGAGCUGCUCAACGCCUACCAGAGCAAGAUCAAAAUGCAAACCGAAGCGCAGCACGAGAGAGAGCUGCAGAAACUGGAGCAGAAGGUGUCCCUGCGGAGAGCCCACCUUGAACAAAAGAUUGAAGAGGAGCUGGCUUCACUUCAGAAGGAACGCACUGAAAGGAUCAAGUACCUGCUGGAACGGCAGGAAAGGGAGAUCGAAACCUUUGACGUGGAAAGCGCCCGACUCGGGUUCGGAAACUUGGUGACUUUGGACUAUCCUAAGGACUAUAGAUGAAAUAGAUCUGCCAUAAAAAAAAUAAACCUUCGCCACUUCACACUGAAAGACGGGCUCUCUCCUACUGACGUCACCUCUGGGCUAGAGCCUGUACAGUCCUUAAUAAUCAGGGCACUCUUGCAAUGUUACAAGUCAAUGCUGGAUAACUAGUGUUGUCUUUUAACACAAUGGUGAAGUUUUGAUGUUCAUGUGCAAUGAUACUUUUGGUGAAACUGAAAAAAAAGUGGAUGUGCAUUGCUUAAUGAUCAUGCAUUAGAAAUUGUCAGUCUGUGCAAAAAAAGACAUUCUCCUGCAGCCUUAUCUUCUACGCUGCUUCUAUCUUGGUAUUUGUUCAUCAGGAAAAAUUUUAUUAAGAUUGAGCAAUUUGAUACGUUUGAAUAUGAACUCAUGAUGUACAUAUCAAUAGAUACGGACGUUACUUCUGGGAAAUUGUGAUUUAACAAAUGCUGGCUAAAGUAACUCGGGGCUCGCAUUGAACUGUAUCAUAAUAAUGUUCUGCUGUAGCAGGAUAUGUGAAUACCACACAUGCGUCAAGAGACCCAGGCAGCAUAUAGGGCUUGGAACUGUUUGUGUAUUUUGUGUAUAGAAGGAUUUAUGGAGAGCUUUUACUUAUUUUCAUAUUGUAUUUUAACUGGUCCUCAAAUCGAUUUUUUAAAAAUAUUUUUUUGUUUUGUUCAGUAUUUGGAGCUCUAGAUCUUCUAUUGGAAUUUUCCAUCCUAGAUCAUAGUAUUGCUUUAUCCACACUUUCAAGCUGUGUAUUUUCUUACAAUAAAAUGAAUCAGUACAAUGCUUUAUUAUUGCAUGCACUUUCAAAAGAAAUUCAGGUUACAUAAAAAAGCAAAGCAUGAGUCUGUCAAGAGCUUCUAAUUAUAUUUGUAAAUAAAAGUGCUUACCAUAAGUGUUUGAUUAAUUGAAUUAAAUGGUCAGCUUGCCAUUGCAUGCUGUGCUUUCAGCUCCAUAGUCUGUAUUAAGAUUAUUUGUCUAGCUUCCGUAUUCUCCUAUUGGAAGACACCCACAGAACACAAAGGAAGUUGGUUAAUCCCUUCAUGCAUGACAUAUUGAAUAUAGAUAUACUUGUUUG